GCAGGAGGGUAAGUCCAUGGAAGAAGUAAAGGCCAUGAUUAUGGAAAAUCAGCCCCCUAAAUCUGACCUCAGUGUGGACCUAGUAGAUGCCAUAGGCAAGUUAGUAGAUCGCUGUAAUCAGGUGUCCAGUGAUGGGCCUAGUUACAGAAAACUGAGGUUGUUCUCAGGGUGGAAACCUGUCCCUCCAGGUGAAGAAGAAUAUGAAGUCUGGAUGGAGCAGGCCGCUCAAAUGAUAAGUGAAUGGCAAUGCACCGAAUCUGCUAAGAAACAACGCAUCGUUGAGAGUUUGCGAGGUCCUGCUGCUGACAUUGUCAGGUUUCUAAAAGUGAGUAGCCCAUCUGCGACCGCAAAUGACUAUUUAGCUGCCCUUGAUACUGUAUACAGUACCACUGAGAAUGGACCAGAUCUAAUGGCUAAGUUUCGUCAUACCUACCAGGAAAGUGAGGAGAAACUUUCAGCUUUCUUGUACCGCCUAGAUAAACUUCUUCAUCGCGCUCUCUUGAAGGGUGGGAUUGAUGCAACAGGCAUAAAUAGAGCUAGAAUGGAGCAGCUGAUUAAAGGAGCUCUUACCAAUCAUAUGGUUGCUUUGCGAAUCAGGAUGACUCAUACUGUGCAAGAUCCCCCUUCUUUCUCACAGUUGAUGAAGGAAGUGAGAGAGGAAGAACACUGGGUAGCUGCACGAGAGAAUGUUAAAGCUUCUGUUGCUAAUGUUGCCUCUCCCCAGGUGCCUGUGCCGCCUGAAUUACAUAGCCUGAAGAAGGAGGUUAAAGAGUUGUCUACUCAGGUGAGUCAACUGUUGAGUGUGGCCACUGUGACCCCUGCUGUUGACUGUACCCCACCGAAAAUGCCCAGUCAGACAAAGGAAGCUACAAACCAAGACAAUGUUCACAAACCCACAACUUCCAAGUUAAUUUUGCCUGGUAUCUUCUGCUAUAACUGUGGUGAAGAUGGUCAUAAGAAGUGGGAAUGCCAAGCACCUGAGGAUCUUCGAAAAGUAAAUCAGAAGUUGAUGAAAAUGCACCGCUUGCAGGGAAAUUUGAGCGGAGAUCAGUGAAGAAACUGCACGGAGCUCCAGAUAACC